AUGUUCCGGGACGUUUUGCUUCUGAUAGCGCUUUCGCCGGGCCUAGGUGAGCUUCAAUCCAACUUUUUUUCAAAUUCCUUUUAUGUUUGACGCAAUCUUCAAAUCUCGAGGGUUCAUGCUAUCAAUACUGAAUUCUUCAAAAAUUGGAUUUGGUUGUAGAAUUUCAACACACUGUGAUUUCGAAUAUUUGUAGAGAUUGCGUUGAAACGCUCUCAUUUUCAUUAAUUUCUUCUUCCAAGCGAGUUUUCAUUAUUAAAAAUGAAAAACCGUUCUGUUUUAUGAAUUCCAACUAGUCAUUAGUUAAUGAGAUUGUAACUCAGUUUUUUUGUCUUAUUUACCUUUGGGCUUCUAGGUCAAGGAUAUAAAAACUUGUAAAAAUCAUUGGGAUGAGUGGUGCAACAGUUGGAAACGGCGGCGCCUACAGGUCAAACGGAGACUAGCCCACUUUUCGGCUCGAUUUCCAAACACUGGCGGAUCCCUCACAAAACUCGCUGGAUUUCGCUGUCCGCUUUUUGGCGAGCUUAAAAUAGACAUGUUUGACUGGUAUAUACAUGAUUUUCCACAUGUAAAUAUCCCAAAGGAGCGAUAAAAAAAGGCACCGUAAUUUUUGCAGUCCCUUCGUCUUGAAUUAAUAAUUUUCUAUCAUAUAGAACUAAAUAGAAUAGAUUUCAGAAGAGUUUUUCGACAUAAUUCAUUUUAAUACCGAAAUCAGUUAUAGUUUUUCUUUCCGAACUCAUAGUAGAACUGGUGUCAGAUCGAAGUAUCAGAUAAUGGGACGGCUCCUCUGAACUCCUUCGGAUCAAUUAUCAUUUAGUUAUCAGGAAAGUUGAAAAGGACAAUUUGCAGCGGAGGGACUGUCGUGUUAUAUUUGCGGAGACACGAAUCUCGGCGAGUUCGGCGAAUGUUCCACGCAGUUUCAGUACGACUGCGGCAGCUACGCGGCGAAAUUCGGCCCCGCCGACCGCAUAUAUUGCAGGACGACAAGGCAUCGCGCCAAGAAUAGUUAGUCCUUUCUCCGCUUUUCAAUUCUUCAUUAUCAGUGUAGAUUUCUUAGUUUCGUGAAAAAGACCAUAACGAGAACUGCUCUGGAAUUCGAUUGAUUUUUCACUGUAUGAGUUAAAUAUAAAGCUUUGGGAAUCACUUAGCUUGACGGCGUCUAUGAUAAAAGUCCUAGAUGUCUAUAUUACAAGGGAAAUAUUUACUUUAGAAUUUGAAGGGGUCAUUAUGUCAAAAUUUGAUUAUUUGAAUAACUUUUUUUUAUCUUCUCCGCAGAGUAUCCAUUUUUUCUACGAAGCCUUGGACAACCUUGAAAGGAAUUGAAAUUGAGAUUUUUUUUUUGAUGCAAGAAUUAAGUAUUAGCAACUGAACUACGCUUCUUCUUCAAUUUCACAACCUUUCACAAUCAAUUUUUUUUUUUCAAAAAAUUAUCGUUAUGAAAGCAUUUUAUUGCCGAUUUCACGUUUUUUUUGCAAAAUUUUUUUUUCUUGUCAUUGUUAAGUAUGCGUCUUUUCUGGCGUAACUUGGAUCUGAAUAUUUGUGAUUGGAUUUUUAAAAUCUCUUAAAAAAGGUAAAAGUUGAAAAAGUUAAAGUUUGAGUUAUUGUGUUUGGACUUUUCAAAUCUCUUGAAAAAUUUAAAAACAGUUCACUGAAAUCACUAGUCGAGAAUAUUGGAAAGCUCGCUCUUGAUGGAAUCAGAAAGCAGUGGAAAAACUCGGCGAGCGGCCUCCGAAAUGGGGUCAUUGGCGGCCGAUUUCCGCUCGCACUUUGUGCAAUCGAAAGUUUCCGACACAAUUGCACGUUUAUGGCUUGGCCGAGUCACACGUCGAACCGAUUUGUGGGAGAUCCCGAGAAGAAAGAUCCGCCUUCUCUUCUAAAUUAGUAUCUCGUGUUAAUGAGAAACCAAAGACAAUUAGCCAAUCUCUUUUGUUCGGAAGCGAAUCAUGAUUACUGUAAUUUCCACGGCAUCGCGUCUAGUUUGGUAGAAGUUGCUUUCGUUCAAUUAGUCGCUUUUUUGAAUGGUACACACGAAAAGACGGAACGAAAGCAAUUUUGGGAAAAUUAUGAUCGACGAUGGGUUUAGAAUAUUUUGAAUAAGUUUAGUCCGUGCAAAAUAAAUUUUGAACGUUUUUAAAAACCCGGCUAGUAACGGGAGAAUUGAAAUGGAAAGUUUGGAGUAGAGUUUUUCAUUUUGUUGAAAACUUGUUUAGUUAAAAUUUUGCUAUUGUAUUUUUUUAUUGUAUCAACAGUUAGUUGAUAAGUUCAAACGCGAAAAAUAUUUAGAAUUAUUUCGACAAAUGCAAAAAAAAUUUUUCUUUAUCAAGUAGCGUUUAAAUUUAAAAACAAAACCCAUGUUUUUCACAUAAAGUGUACUUCUUUGAGCGAGAGCUGCUGUCAUCAUCAAGAUUGUGAGGGUUUGAAAGACUUCAAAGGGAUUCGUGUGACCGAAAGGACGGAAAACUGAAUGCGGUUUCGUAAACACGAAUGAAGAACGACUGACUUCAGAUACGUUCACCGUGAUGAAGGAGUGCAUUUCUGAGCAAGACCAUUAUCGGACUUUCCCAGAAAAAGGCUACCAACUAGACGAUGAGUGCGACUUGGUUGACCUCCAAGAGGAAGAGGUACACUUUUUUUGUUUUCCUUCUUCACCGACUUGCCUCUCUUCAGGUGGCCUAUUGUCUUUGCCGAAGCGAUCUCUGCAACAAAAACUCCGUCGCCGAGCAGUUCAUGUCUUUUGAAGAGGUUUGUAGUUCUUUUAAUAUAUAAUGUUUAACGGAAACCUUUUUUGUUAGUUGUUUGACAAAGAGUUGUUCAGAAACACCCGGAGCUUUUCGGAGAGUCGGAGGACAGCGAGUCUAAGACUCAGCAGCCGAAAGGACAAGCCCCUCUGAAACUGGCCGAUCCGAGUCUCCUUGCUUCGCAAAUGGCCAAUGUGCCUCCUCCUCCUGUCUUCGCAGCUCCGAUGCUCAUUCCACCGGCUAUCGUUCCAAUAAACGACCCCAGAGUCUCUCAUUUCUUUUGGGAUAUGUUCUGAUUUUUCCUGUCCAGAACAUUGCCGCCAAUGCCGCAACGGAAGCCGAAGUAAGACGUUCGCAGCUGCCGAGUCGGGGAGUCGAAUCGGACAUUGGAGCACCCCAACCGCCCCCUUCUAGAGGUAGCCUUUUCGAAUAUUCCUUCCAAUCAAGUUGGAACUACCAUUCCAGAAACAGUUUUACUGAACUUGCCCCAGGCCAGUCAGGCCAAAAGCAGUUUUGUCGGAAGCGUGGCCACUCAAGUGAGCCCUGUAGUGGUUUCUCGGCCGGCGAGUCCUCCAGGAGUUGCCUCGGAGAAGCAAGGUAAAAUAAAAAACCGAAAAUUGUGGUGUCGAAGUUUUAUUUUUGGUUUUUCUCGUGUUUUUUUUUUUUUUUGAAUCAGCUCUCAGAAAUUUGAACUUUUUUUGUGAAAAGUUGCUGAGUGAUAAUCAUCCACCAUUACGUGAAUUUAUAACUCGUCUGUGCCCUCUUUUCUCUUUGCCCUGCUUUGAAAUUAUGUCAGAUCACAUGCUUUAUGGCUUUACCGGUGAGGGAAAAGAGGGCGCAGACGACUUUUUCAAGCCGUGGGAGAGAUAAGAAAAUGCUCCAAAUUUGGAAUUAUCCAGGGGCGAAGCACUGUGUCCAGUGUGGGGACAGCAACCUUCACAGCGACUCGGAAGACUGCAGACGUCAGAUCCAAGUCGAGUGUCUCCACGACCAAUCAAUGUGCUUCACCCGUCAGAUUGACCUCGGAAACGGUUUUUUCUCAACUCAUUUGGAAACAUUCUCUGAGUUUUCUUGGAAAUCACCCGUCAUUCACAAUUUUGGUCAAUGUUCUCUGCGCAAAACAAAACUCCCGAUCUCGCAAAUGUCAAGUGUUCGAAGUGGUUCAAGUGUUUGGGGAGAAAUCUUUUUGAUGGAGUUGUAUCGUUAGUUGAGGGUCAAGGAUCCGUUCGAAUUGCUUGAAUGAUUUCGGAAGUCGCUGGAAAAUUUUUUCCAAUCAGUUCAAGCACGAGCAUUUCGAAAUCUCUCGAAAGACUUUUUAAACGUAUAUCUUUUGAAUAUUUUUGUGGUUCAUUAGCAGAAUGUUAUAGUCAGUGUGCUACGACUUCAAAUUUCACCGAACGACAUUCCGCUGUUCCGCUGCGUGCGUUCGCGAAGCGUCUUUCGAAUCUAAAUCACGCUUUCAAUUGAUUGUUAUUGCUGUGGAGCACAUGAAAGUAGAGUGCCUUAAUAAAAGAAACAAAAAAGCGCGACCAAGGUUCGCAAAGGCGCGCAGCGGCACAGGGAAACGUCGUUCCGUGAAAUUUCAAGUCGUGGUACACAGACUAUAAAAAAGGCAUUUUUUUUUGUUGCGAAAGCUCUAUACUUCAUUCAAUGGCUUGUAAACUUGAGACAAAAAAUACUACAAAGGCGCCUAAACUAAACUUUUUUUUGGUAAUCUUGUGAGGAUCCUCAAUUAUUGUUUCAAACUAGCGACAAAUGAACUCAAAUAAUUUCUAGGAUUUUUUUUUUGGAAAAAAAACUUGUGAAUGGAUUAUACAAAUUGAGUUACUUUUUUAGUUUCUGCCUGUCUUUUAGUUAAUUUCGUGUCGUUUUUCUUUCUGAAGAGUCGGGCUCACGUAUUCAAAAUAUCUGGAAUCUGUCCACAGAUCAUUUGGCAAUAGACAGCCUUUUGUAGAGGCGCAGUUCGAAAUUAUUCGCUCGAGUUCACGCCGUGGAUACGGUAUUUUUUCUUAUGAUUUUGGUGAUUCUGUCUUUAGCAAGAAGUUUUAUGAGUUCAGCAAGUUUUUCCUUCUCACUCUGAUUUUUGGCAGGAAUGUUCGCGAUGGAGAAGAUGUGCGUCUUGCCGGAACAGCUGGUCGCCGAGUUCGGAGAAAAGGCCCGAGAACAGGGCUGCGGCUCUUCGAACGGCGGCCGUGUGCAGUACUGCGCCUGUACGGCCUCCUCCUGCAACCAGAUCUCCAUCGCCCAGCAGGUCCACCCGUUUUCCAGACAUCUUUGACCCGGAAACGUCUGAUUUCAAACUACAGCGCGCGAAAUUUGCAUAGCAUGCACCAAUUGCCUAUGCAAAUGAUCGUAAAAAGUGUCGAAAUCCAGGCCGAGGUCGCUUUUUGUUGCGAAGUCGUCUGUUCCACUGUUUCUAACAAAAAAAAGCUGUUAAUUCAUCAUCUAUAUAGGAUGUGUCUUCGGAUUUUUGAGGAUAAUUCUAGUGAGAAGUCUGGAAAUUCCCUCGAAAUAUCAAAACCAGAUGCGGAGUUUUUAUAUCUACAACUAAAAGUUUGCACAAGUUUCGAAUGAAUUAUUCCAGAAACAAGUGUACUCGACGAUCGAGCCUGUCGCAGGGCGAAGACUUCCUGAACUAGCGGCGCCGGAUCUUCCCCAGCCCAUGCCUCCGGCUUUCCCCACCUCCGAAGGACUCGACCAAGCUGUGCUCCGGCCUGAUGGAAUCUCCGACCGGAAGGUUUCUCCAGCAGUGAUAACGGCCGUCGCGGAGCCACCGCCGCCGCCAUUCAACCCUCCUCCACCCGUGGCUCCUCCGCCGAUGGCCGGCAAGUCUGAAGCGUCGCCACCCAUCGUGCCUGUCAAUCACACAGUUUCUGUAAUCAAAAUGUUUUUUUUUUCAUUUCAUUUUUGUCCAAUUCUAGAUAAGCUUGCGUUGCGCCGCAUGCAUCGAAGCGGAUAUGACGGAUCCGACAGCGGACUGUCGCCAGCUUUUUCCCACAGAAUGCAGCGUCGCCGAACAUUUUUGUCUCACCAAGCAGACCCAAAUAACCAAUAGUUCGUGGCUUUUCUUAUUCAUAAAUGAAAUAGUCUAAAUUUGCGUUGGCCUGGACCUUCUUUAAAAAGAAUGCUUUGAAAAAAAUUUUUAAAAGAAAAACGAUUGUUAUAUAGAUUCGGCAGUAUCAAAGUCAAAUGUGUAAUUUAAAAAAUAAUCUAUAGAUUUGGCGCUUUAGGGCUCAAAGUCAUAAUAUAUUUAACAAAAAUUAUAUUUAAACAUCAAAAAACAGAACUAAAAACUUGAAAUGUAGCUUACAAAAAACUUCAAUCUUUUGAUUAUUUCUCAUCAGCAUAAAAAUCUCAAAAACCGCUCUAAAAAGAAAAUGAAUCUACUCGAAUCUUUGGAAGUAGUUACAAAUACCUAAAAUACUUUUGUGGUAUAGAUUAAGACCCUGAAUCUACGAACAUUGCUGUUUUCAUUUCCUCGUUAACUAUAUAUAAAAUGUUACUUUGUAACUUACCUGAUCAUUUUGUACAUCAACUCGUGCAUUGUGUUCUCUUUUUUCAUUCAUUCGGUUCACACUCUUUAUUUUGAGUCAAAAUAUAUUAUCGAUAUCCUUGUUUUAGCCGCCUUCACCAUGGAGAAAGGCUGUGUUUCGGGAGAGCAGCUGAGACAGUUGAUGGCCGAGGAAAAGGUUCGUGUUCCUUCAUUUCCGUUCAUAGCGCUUUCUCAGUUCACGGAGGGCUGUGCGACGACCAAAAGCGGCAUGGUGAACUUCUGCGUCUGCAAGGAGCCCAUGUGCAACACGGCAUCGCUCCUCCAACAGGCUCAACUCACUGGGUUAGAAGCGAGACUUUCCAAACUCAUUCGAAUAUACUUAAUACUGUCGUUUUUUCCGGAAAUCCCGAUCCAAAAAGAUGUGCAAAACGCGGCUGGUUGGCGCAUUAGAGUUGUCAUAACUUUUCACGACCUUCUGGCGCAUUGAGAAAAGAAAAAAAAAACAUUCAGCUGUUGUUUUCUCAUUUUUCAUUAAUCGUUAAUUUCCCAGCGUCCGAGACACAAUGCAAGAGCAACGAGAGCUGGAGGAACAGGCUCGGAAAGAGGCGGAAAGAUCGCGAGCGAUUCUCGCGACGACGACGACGACUCAGAAGAGUCGACCUCCGCCCGUCUUCCUCGACGCCGACGAUGACGCCGAACUCGUCGCAGGUGGCGGUCGCGACAUCGCCAAGGACACGAGGUCGCAAAUUCAUGAGGCUCAUUCCGAAUGGAUGUACUUUUGCAUUUUCGAAUAUGGAACCAUUAUAUCUUCCUUCUCGAGGACUUUUAUACUUUUAAAACGGCAGCCUUGAUACAAUGGGUUUUUCUCAAGAUGAACUAGCUCUUAGCUCUAAUAUUUUUAUAUAACAUUUGCGAUAUUCACAAAGAUUUCAACAUGGACUUUUUUAUAAGAAGGCAAGAAGUUCGAAGAUAAUCGUUUUUAAACCAGAAAUAGAGUCAAAACAGUUCUCAAAAGAAAAAAUAAAGACUUUUCCAUGAAACGUCCCAAAAUGAUUUGCUGACGUCAUAAUCAUAUCAUGAAGAACUCCUGGAAGCGUUUGAAAGAUGAGAAGAGUUUCAGGACGGAGGCGGAGAUCCUGCGAGAUCGACAGCGCGAAUGGGCGCGCUCGGACCUCGGCUCCGGGGCUUCGACGCCGUCGCUUCUGCUUCUUCUCGCCGUCUUCUUCUUCUUCUGA